CUGAGCUCCAUUCAUAAAACGGAAAGAGCGAGGAGCGCGCGGUAGUAACGCUCUCAGGAGGAUAACACAAGCACAGCACAGCAGACCGCGCGCUACACGGGCAGCUCCGGACUCCAGAAGAGCAGCCUGAGCGGAACCGUGUGGCUUGUCGCCGGCGGUGGCCACAGGAAAAAAAACACCCCCCCCCCCCGAGAACAAACCAAACAAAACCGAAGCCAUGGUCACGAUGGAGCAGCUCUGCGAGAUGGAGUGCGGCGCUCUGAAAAGGCUGCUGAAGGACGACGGCGCCAAGCGCCUGCUGCUGGACUGCAGGUCCUUCCUGGCCUUCAGCGCCGGACACAUCCGAGGCGCCGUCAACGUGCGCUGUAACACCAUCGUCCGCAGGCGAGCCAAGGGCUCCGUCAGCCUGGACCAGAUCCUGUCCGGCGACGACGAGGUGAAGUCCAGGCUGGUGUCCGGCCUCUACUCCGCCGUCAUUCUGUACGACGAGCGGACGCCGGACGCCCACAUGGUUAAAGAGGACAGCACGAUCGCGCUGGUGCUGAACGCGCUGUGCAGGGACCCGUUCAGGGCGGAAGUCUAUCUGCUGAAAGGUGGCUACGACAGAUUUUGCUCUCAGUACCCAGACUACUGUUUAAAGAGCAGGACGCUGCCUAUGCCUAGUGCUGUGUCCAGUGCUCAGGCCAGCUGCACCUCCUGCGGGACUCCCCAACACGAUCAGGGCGGACCUGUGGAGAUCCUACCUUUCCUGUUUCUUGGUAGUGCCCUCCAUGCCUCUAAAAAGGACGUGUUAGACGGUAUGGGCAUUUCUGCUUUGCUGAAUGUGUCUUCGAAUUGUCCGAACCACUUCGAAGGGGCCUAUCAGUACAAAUGCAUCCCAGUGGAGGACAACCACAAAGAGGACAUCAGUUCUUGGUUCAUUGAAGCCAUCGAAUUCAUAGACUCUGUGAAAGACUCAAACGGUCGUGUGCUGGUGCACUGUCAGGCUGGCAUCUCCCGAUCAGCCACAAUCUGCCUGGCCUACCUGAUGAAGAAGAAACGCGUGCGCCUGGAGGAGGCCUUCGAGUUUGUCAAGCAGCGGCGCAGCAUCAUCUCGCCUAACUUCAGCUUCAUGGGUCAACUACUGCAGUUCGAGUCACAGGUGCUGGCCACCUCGUGCUCCGUGGAAGCUGCCAGUCCUUCGGCCACGCUUGGGCCAAAGUCUUCCUCCUCCCCGAACUCGCCCUACAUCUUCAGCUUCCCCGUGUCCGUGGUGCCGCAUGGACAGCCCAGCAGCCUCUCGUACCUGCAGAGUCCCAUCACCACCUCACCCAGCUGCUGAUAAAACAUUCUGGCCAGCAAGACCUCCAGACUGUAUGAGGAGAGCUGUGCCAAAGACUUGUUUACCAGCAUCAUGAAGGAUCCAUGAUUGGGGCAAUGGGCAUCUCUCCAAAUGGCAAUCAGAGGUUCAGGACAACAAGAGAAUUUCUUUGCCCAAAUGAAUAAGAACUUUCGAGGCUGAUAUGGGGUGUGGUAGUUCAGUCACUGAACUUUUCUAGGACAAGGAACAUGAGGAGAAAGAAGGUAGAAGAAUGAGUGAUAGUGGUACAUUUGUUCUUUUACCUGAGGGUUCUUCCAAAGCGUUUCUGUAUUUGGUAAGCUGGGUUGGAAGAGAGCAGUGGGGGCAAGGACUUGUCUCCCCUCCUACUUCUCCUUUUUUCCUCUCUUCCUGAUGGAGAGCAGGAGCCCUUCAGCUGGGACAGGACUCUCCGGUCUUUCCAUUUAUCACUCCAAACCACCUCCCAACCGGAAAGAGGACUGGUAGAAAGUCUCGGCUCCUUCAGCAGAGACGGACCUGCUGGAGCUCUAGGACAGAGGCCUCAUGUAGUGAGUCUUUUAUUUAGGGUUUUUAUUUUUGGUCAGUGCCUUGCACAGAGAAGGUACAGGACAUCUGCGGGCUCCUCUGGGCAAUUGUCCUGCCUUUAAACGUAGGAUCAGAUACCAUUCAAAGGCUGACUGACGGGCAACUAUUGCAAAGCGACAAAAAGCAUUUCAAUCUGCAAUACAGACAUGUUCUUCUCGGUUUCUCUCACUAAAAAUAGAGCAAUAACUUCUCCCUGCCUCUUCCCCGUGGCCACCAAAGCACUGUCGUGUUUUCAGCGUCCGUCACAUUGUAUGACCGUGCUUUGUAAGGGUUUCUGAUUUCUGAAUUGAUUGCUCAUUUGUACAGUAGCAGACCCAGCCAUUAUUUCUGCUGUAUGCCUUACAGAUAAUGACUGUGGAAUUCUCCAGUACGGAAUGUUCUCAUUUUUAGAUUACUAUGGUACAGAUUGUUUUGUGGAGGGCACACAUUUUGAUAGGUCACUUGUCUAACCACUGUAACCUUACUUUUGUAUGUAAAAAUAAUCCUGUUUAGCUACUGCAACACUCGUCACCAAGGGCCGGAUACACUGAGCCACCUACACGUACAACGACACUGGAGAAUACAUGAACAUAGCGAAGACUGAGAUGCCCACAUUUUUCACGGCCUUCCUGAGAGGUUGUUUGCUUUAGUUUUCCCACUUUAGUGCUCAGAUGCAGCUCUGUAAGAGAAUCUGCAUUUCAAUUCUUCAGCCUUGCCUUUUGGAUGUUUCCAAGGGGGUUAGAAUGCUUUCCUCCCCCACUCCUUUCCUUAUGAAUGUGGGCACCUUUUCUAGAGCACUUUUAAGUGAUGCAAUAUUGUAUUAUAAGUCGAGAUUUCUUUUGCACAUGGUUGGAGUAGAGACAGCUGCCUAGCUGAGUACUGUGCGUUUGUUACACCCAUUAGAGCUUUACUUUGUACGUAAACGAUAUGGUCUGUCACCAAUCACUGAUGAAUGCAAUACUUUUUACUGUACCUUGUCAACUGAAACGUUAGUCUGACUGCCCAUGGCAAUAUCAUUCUGAAGGGUUCAAUUUUUAAACCUUACCCUGUUUUGUUGUAUAUGUAUAUUUUAUUUAUUCCUCGAGUUCCAUUGUUAAAUAUAACAAUGUACUUUAAUGAAA